AUGCUGCCUCCAAGUAUUACGAAAAACCAACUUUUGGCGAAUUUUGAUACAUUUGUAUUCGAUGCGGAUGGUGUUCUCUGGACAGGAGAUAUUCCGAUACCUGGUGCUUCGCAAUGGAUCAAUACACUUUUAGAUGAUCCAGAGAAGAGUGUUUUUAUUACUACCAAUAAUUCAACAAAGACAUUGGAACAGUACAUUGGUGUCAAAUGUUUUGGAACGGGCCCGGAUCUAAAGGAGGAUUAUGUGAAGGACGGAGAUUUUAUAAAUGAAGUGGAUGUAACAUCGAAAGUUCCAAAAGCGGUGGUUGUGAGCUUCGAUUCGCAUUUCAGCUACCCAAAACUCAUGAAAGCCGCAAACUUCCUAUCCGAUCCAUCUGUGGAAUUCUUAGUUUGCAACGAAGACACUACUUUCCCUGGUCCUGUCCCUGGAAUGAUUCUCCCGGAAACAGGACCAUGGUCCGCUGCAAUUCAGAAUGUGUCCGGAAGAAAACCGGAUAUUAUUUUUGGAAAACCGCACAAAGAGAUGGCUAAUUUUUUGAAAUCUCGUGUGAAUCCAGAAAAGUUUGAUGCACGAAGAACAGUGAUGUUCGGAGACCGACUGGAUACUGAUAUGAUGUUUGGGAAGACUAAUGGAUUCACAACAGUUUGGAUGCAAACCGGAGUCAAUUCUGUGUUGGAUAUUGAGAAGUCUCGUCAAUCGGGAGAAAUCACGAAGAUUCCAGAUUUUACUUGUCAAUUUUCAGAGUUUUUUCCAUGA